CAGGACCACAAAGAAGGAAAAACCUCCUUGUUCCUCUAUGACCUACCUCGAAUCGCGGCUAAUCUCUAUAUAUGUAUAUAUAUAUAUAUGUAUGUAUGUAUGUGCUUAACACAGCCCUCUCCACACACUCCAUAAAACUCUCUCUUUUUCUUUUUUUUUCCUUUCUUCUUUGGGUUUUCUUCUGCAUUCAAUUAGAUUUACUGUGUCCUAGGGAUUUCUUCUCUCUCUCUCUCUCUUUUUUGUGGGUUUUGUUUGUGUUUGGAAAAUAGUCUAGUGGGAGAGAGCAAAACCCUUUUUUUUUUUUUUUUUCCCCUUUUUGUUAUAGAAUUAUUUCAAUGGUAAGGACGAUGAAGAAUAGUAGCAGUUCUGAGUCUUUGAAGCUCGACAGGAAAACUGUUGAGAGGAAUCGAAGAAUUCAUAUGAAAGGUCUUUGCUUUAAGCUUGCUUCACUUAUUCCUCCUCACCAUUUUAAACCAUCCAAGGACAUGUUAUCUCAACAAGAUCAGCUGAAUGUCGCGGCCUGCUAUAUUAAACAACUCAGCGAAAAAAUAGAGAAGAUGAAGUUGAAAAAGGAAGCAGCAAUCAAAGCCAAAGAAGCAAGCAAUGGAAAUUUUAAUAUCGAUGCAAUCAAUAUGAUUGGCAUAAGAUUGCCUGUGAUCGAAUUAAAAGAUUUGGGUUCGAGCAUUGAAGUGAUUUUGAUAAGUGGAUUGAAGAAGAACUUCAUGUUGUAUGAAGUUAUUAGUGUUCUUGAGGAAGAAGGAGCUGAAGUUGUCAGUGCUAGCUUUUCAACUGUGGGAGAUAAAGUCUUCCAUUCAGUACACGCUCAGGUUAAAAUUUCCCGAGUUGGGGUUGAGACUUCAAGGGUUUGGCAGCGUUUGCAGGAUUUGAUCUACUAAUUAAGUUGGGUUGUGAGAGAGAUGCUUUAAAAUAUCAACUGCACCAGACAUAAAAACAAAGAGCUCCCCAAGGAGGAGCUAGCUUGGGGUAUAUAUAAUAUAUCAAAAAAUAUAUAUUAUACAUAUGAAUUCCCACUUUGUAUAAUUGGCUAUAUAGGCCAUAUAUAUAUGAAUGUUUUGUAAAUGUAGAAGUUAAUAUAUGUGGUUUAAUCUUUGUUUACAUCUUGUGAUGGAAAUAAGUGAACGUGUUAAGAAA